AUGUUUUUUGGAGAAAUAAUAUUACGUAAUUCGGCGAUUGCAUCGCUAAUUUACGUUCUAUCACUUAUUCUUCCGCAACGAGAAGUAGAUCCACCUGGAAUAUUCGACAAGCCUAUAAAGAAGGUUUACGAUUACAUAGUUGUUGGUAGUGGGUCGGCUGGAGGUAUAGUGGCGUCACGUUUGUCUGAAGAUUCCAAAGCGUCAGUCCUUUUACUAGAAGCUGGAAAAUCUGAUUUAGAACCUGAUGACUCAACACAAAUACCGUUCAUAUGGACUUCUAAUUUCGGCUCGGAAAAAGAUUGGAGCUACAGCACAAUACCACAAAAGUAUUCACUUUUUGCUUAUAAAAAUCCGGUGGCAGGCAUUAGCGGAGGAAAGGUUUUAGGAGGUUCUUCGUCAACAAAUGCUUUAACUUUUACAAGAGGAAGUCCUGAAGUAUAUGAGAAUUGGGAAAGCGAAGGGGCAACUGGUUGGGGUUAUGAUGGUGUUUUGCCAUACUUUAAGAAGUUAGAAGAUGUGACAAGAACAACGUAUAAAGGUUCAAAUUUAAGAGGACAAAAUGGGCCUAUAGAAUUAAAUGACGACAGAAAUUCACAGCUAGGCUUCUUUCAUCGAGUAGCAGCCAAAGAACUUGGACUUCCAUUUGUAGACUGUAACGGGUAUAACCAAAUAGGCUACUGUCUGACUCAAAUAAAUACACGUGACGGAAAAAGAUGCAGUACAUCAAACAAGUAUAUACGAAAAGCCUUGCCGAGAAACAACUUACAAGUUAAUUUACGAUCACAUGUGACAAAGAUUUUGAUACGCAACAAGAAAGCUAUUGGAGUAGAGUUUGUUAGGAACGGACAGAAACAUGAGGUUCUUGCAAGGCGUGAAGUAAUACUCUCAGCAGGUACUAUUGGGUCGGCACACAUACUAAUGCUUUCUGGAAUUGGACCUCGUGAACAUCUACAAAACAUGAAGAUACCAGUGAUAGCUGAUCUGCCAGUUGGACAGAAUUUAAAAGACCAUAUGUUUGCGACCUUUCAAUACAACAUAAACAUACCUAUAAAUAUCAACAGAAUGAAAGUGACUGACCCGCAACAAAUCCUUAACUACAUUUUAAAUAAGCAAGGGAUAUAUUCAUCCACAGGGACCGCUGGGCAGAUCUUUGAAAGUUUAAGUCGUCCAAAAAGAAAAAUACCUGAUGUAGAGCUUUCGUUUCUAGAAAGUGCAUUUGAAAGUGGGGCUGCAAGCAACCCAGCGAUAAAAGAUGUGAUUCGCGCAGAACUUAUUAGACGCGCCAACUCAACUAGCUUCCAAGUUGUAUUGUUUCCGCAAUCACCGAAAAGUACUGGGGAAAUAAGACUGGCUAGUAAAAACCCAUUUGAAUAUCCUGUAAUAGAUCCUAGAUACCUAUCCCACGCAGACGACAUAGACAUGUUUGUAAAAGGUGUGAGAUUUCUGCGAUCGUUAGAACAGACUGAGGCCUGGCAAUCUAUUGGUGCUACUUUGGUAAGAAACGAUGCACCUGGACAUUGCGAUGACAGUAUCUUUGAUUCUGAUAACUACUGGAAGUGUAUUGGUAGACAUUUCUUAGGCUCAGCAGGUCAUAUUGUUGGAACAUGUAGAAUAGGAUCAGCACAUGACAGCUCUGCUGUUGUUGAUCCACGUUUGAGGGUAAUUGGAAUCGAGAAUUUGCGAGUAGCUGAUGCAUCUGUCAUGAGAAACAUACCAUCUGGUCAUCCAAAUGCUCCAACCAUGAUGAUCGGAGAGAAAGCAGCAGACAUUAUCAAACAAGAUAACGGUGGUCACCACCGUCAUGAUUAUAAAGGUGAACGUGCCAGAAAUUAUCAACGAAGAUAUGUUAAAUAUGCAAAACAACAUAUGAGAUAUCACUGA